AUGCAAGAUGUUGAGUUGCCUUCGCAGAAGAGCUCGUUUAUGGGUGCUAGCAGCUUUAGGGAUAAGGUGAUGAACAAAGUCAAUUUGGUUAAAAAUGUGGGUAUUGAUGUUCAUUCCCUUGAUGAUAAUUAUGCUGAUCUAACUGAUGCAGAUGAUGUGGUGGUUUCUCGUGGUGAUAAGGGACCCAGUAUCCAAUUCUCUGAGAGAGCAAUGGAUCGCAUCUGUAAACCUUGGAAGAAUGCCUUAAUUGUGAAAUUUCUUGGUAGGUCGCAUACUUAUAACAACAUUCAUGAUCGUUUGCAGCAGAAAUGGAGUUUGAAAGGUGGUUGGAAGCUAGUGGAUUUAGUGAAUGACUAUUUUGUAGUGAAAUUUGAGUUAGAGGAGGAUUUGAAUUUUGUUUUGACUGAGGGACCUUGGAGUAUUGCUGGGCAGUAUCUGGUUUUAAAGAAGUGGAGGCCUGGGUUUUGUCCAACGACUACACAUGUCACUCGAAUGGCGGCUUGGAUUAGAGUCUCAGCUAUUCAACUUGAGUGCUUCGAUGUUUGGGCUUUGAAGAGGAUUGGAAAUUUGUUGGGUAAGUUGCUUAAGAUUGAUGCUCUGACUACUGCUCAUAAUAUGGGUAAAUUUGCUCGGCUAUGUGUGGAAUUGGACCUCACGAAACCUCUUGAGGCUUUUAUUCAAAUUAACCAAGUGUGGUAUAACAUAAAGUAUGAAGGCCUUCCUGAUAUCUGUUAUUUGUGUGGCCAUUAUGGGCAUAAAAGGGAGCAUUGUACUUUGAAAGAGAAGUUUGCCUCAAACAGGCCUGGGGCAGAUUCAUCUACUACUGGUCUGGAGGGUGGGUGA